AUGGCGGCCGAGGGCGGCGGCGGCCAGGAGACGUUCGAGGCGCGGGUGAAGCGCCUGUUCGGGUCCCGCCUCUUCGACGCCGUCCCGGACUCCUCCUUCCCGACGGCCUCCUGGUCCGUGGCCGCGGGCGACGUCGAGCGCCACCGCUGGGCGAAGCCGUCGGAGGCCCGCGACGCGGAGGAGGAGGCGGCGGGGCAGGCCGCCCGCGGGGACACGCCCUGCGCCUCCGCCUUCUACGACGCCAACGGGUGCCUCCGCGGCCGGAGGCGCAGGUCCAGGCAGGAGGAGUUCGAGGGGGACCUAGACGACGACGACGACGACGACGAGGACGGGGAGAGGGAGGGGAAGGCGGCGGAGCAGAAUGAGGAGGAGGGGGUUAGGGUUAACAUCGGCCUCGACCCCACCCUGGAUCGGGAGGAAGAGGAGGACAAGUAUGAUAGAGAGGCCUUUGGUAGAGAGGAGUCUGCUGACCGCAUGUACAUGCACGAUAUAAUGGAUGAUGGCAUAAACAUGAGCAUCAACAGUAUAGUCCCUGACCUCCUUGAUGAUUCCAUUGAAGAGGUGUACCGUUUUAAGAAGGAUCCUCGGGCAGAUAUGAGGGCAGCAUCUGCAAGACUCAGAGAAGAUGAUGGUUCUGCUAAAGAUGGUGACUCUCACUAUGCCGCUCAAGCCAAGGAGUUCCCCAAUGUAGGAUUUCAGACAAAGAAAUCUGUGGAGGAAGUCAAUGUAAAACCUAUACUAAAGAGGAAGGAGGAGCAAGCUGAUUUAAAACCAAGGAAACGUGUCCGGUUCGAUGCUAAUGUUAAGGAUCGUGAGUCGGAUAUGUUUGAACAUGAUGAAGAUUCUCCAAUGGUUCCUCAAUCCAUGGAUGUAGUCACUGAGGAGGAGGAGGGCACGUCUACUUUGUCUGCAUCUCCUGGGGUCCCUGACUAUGUAAGGAACCCUUCAAAGUACACCUGUUACACCCUGGAUGUACCAGAGUCUAAUGAUGACUCGAACAGGGCAGCUCUUGCUGACCUGCAUGAUCUGUUAGGGAGAUCAGACCCAAACAGGAUACAUUCUGAGACGCCUGUUGAGAUUCCUAGCUCAGUCACAUUCAUCCCUCGCAAGAAAUCAGUGGAUGCUAUGGCAGUGGAUGAGGGUCCCAGAGCUAUUGAUUCCAACUCAUCUGUAAUUGGAAUGGUAGCAGGUGCCUCUGAUGAACCUGAUCAAUGUGAGAUGGAUGAAGAUGACAGUAAAUCAUCGUCAACGCCACAGAUGCAUACAAACUCAAAGGCAAGCUCCCGGCGUUACAGAUCAAGUAGAACAGAUGAUGAGUGA